AGAGAAGAAACUUCUAUAAAAUUAAUAACGGUUAUUCUUGAAAAUUACGAUUUGAUUACAAACCGAUUUUUGUUUGCUCUAAAAAUCUUUAUUUAUAUUAGUAUUAAUAUUUAAUUCUGUGAAUAAAUAAUGGAAUCAAUAAAAAAAAAUUUGCUAUGUCCAGAAAUAUUUUUGCAAGUAUGUGUAAGAAUAACUAAAAGUAACUUUUCUUAAAGAAAGCUCCUAUUCAAUUGGUUAUUUUUGAAAAUUUUCUUUCGAUAGAUUGAUGCUAUUAAAGAAAUAAACAAUCGGCUAAGAAGUUUUUCCGGAGAACAAUUAGGAAGCUACAUUGAAAAUUUACUUUAUACCGGCAUUGGAAAAAUUAUUUGUGAUAGUUUAUCAAUUCAUAACAAAGAAUAUUUUCUUGAAAUAUUAAACUUUCUCGAACACGUUUCAAAACAUGAAAUUUUUUUUACGGGUAGUUUAGCUGUUUUUGCCACAGCUAAAAUUCUACAGCUUGCAUUUUUUAUCAUUCUAAAUUCAACCUCUGAUUAUAAUCUUCUUAAAUUUAUGGCAGGCUUUAUUGCAAGCUGUUCAGAUCGAGCAAGAAUUAUUCGCACUCCAUUCAUUAUAAGCAGUUACAUCGAUCAAUUAUUAUCUUUAAUAAAAAAUCUGAAUAUUAAUUAUACACAACAUCCAGUCGAAAUAAUAAAUGGUAGUCAUCUUUUAUCUGUUGUAAUGCAGUAUAUAAAUGAUGAUCGCAUAACGAAAUCACAACUUCAUGAUAUACAAAAGUUAUAUGAAGAUUGUUUGAAAGGUUUAAGUAAAAUUAUUUCUGAAAACGUUGGUGAAGAUUUACUACCAAUUUCCAAAGCUGUUUAUUUUGCUUUAAGAAUUUGUAUAGAAGGGUUACGACUAAAUGAAAGCUUUGAUGAAAAUUUUAGUUUUGAUUCUGAAACACUAAAUAGUCAAAAUGUCGAAAAAACGAAAGGAUCUAAGCUGUUACGCGAGAUUAUUCAAUUCUCUUUUGACAUAGUUAUUGAUGUCAUUAUUCCUAACUUUCAAAAAAUAGAUGAAUUUCAAGUAACGCUUUCUGCAUUAAGCAAAAGCUUUGUCAAGUGUUUAACUUUAUUAUUUACAUUGGAGCCUCUUGUUGAUCUUAAAAAAUUAUCUUACCAGUUAAUAAUUGAAAAAUAUUUGAAAUACUUUCUUCGGCAAAUUCAAGAUCCUGCACUGCCAUCAGAAAACAAAAGUUAUAUUCGUGAGUUUAUGGCUCACAUAAUAUUAAUUCAAGCAAAAAAUUUUUUAUCAGUAGAUAAAUGGAGUGAUGGAUCCACUGGUUUUCAUUUAUAUAUUAAUGAUGGACUUUCACUUCUUGCAACAAAUUCCGUAUCUACUUGUGAUUCAUCUAGCAUGGAUGCUCUUCUUUUAUGCUUGUUUCUUCAUUAUAUCUAUAAUUUGGAUGAAAAUGUUAGAAGUAGUUUGCGUGAGAUUCCACUAAUAGAAAAAAUAGUCAACUUUUCUCCAGAUAAUCCUCCUCAAAUACUCAUCAUUCAAAUAACAUGGUUUUUUCUUUCAGUUUUGUUAUUGGAAUAUGACACUAUAAAAUCGAACAAACAUAUAGAUGAUGCAAUACAUCAAAUUAUUUUGCUUUUGAAUAAACUAGGAGUAGAAUCUUGCUACGUUCAUCAUCCAAUAAUACUUAUGAGUGUAUUUCAAACUACUAUAUUUCCUAAUGAAAUUCGUUAUCAAGUUGUUAAAUUAUCUCUGGAAGCCGAGCCACCUAUUACUAACAUUUAUGAAACAGUGGGAGUAGAGAACAAGAAUAUUGUUGUUGCCUCAUUAAUGAAUUCUCUUCUAUCAGGUAAAGGAAAAGUCGUGGAAAGGGCGUCUGAAGAACUUAAUAAAAUAAUACUUGAACAUAACUCAAUUGAUUUUUUCAUCACAACGCUAUUGUGGAAGGAACUUCCUCAAUUAUUAUCUCACUAUGAACAAGACUGUGAAGAAAAUGUUGAAAAAUAUCUGAAAUUAUUAUGUGAAUCUUCCAAUGACAAACUCACAAAUAAUAUGGCAAUUGAAUGUUUUUCAAAAUUAUUGGAAACUUUAGAACGUGAUGAUAUUAAAAUCAACAAGUUCAUUGAAUGUUUCAUAAUUAUUCUUAUCUCAAAAAUUCUUGCUCUUGAUUCAGAAGCAAAUGAAAAGUUUGUUCUGUUACUCAUUGAAAGUAAAAGUUUUAUGCAAAAUCUUUAUAAAAAAACAAGUAAUCAACAUUAUGAUGAGAUUUCUGUUGCAAGUUUUAUCUGUUUGGCUUUAGUGAUAAAAAAUCAAAUGAAAUUUGCUAUAACUAGUAAAACUAUUUUUUCAAUUGAUGUAAACGAUCUAUUUGAAGCACUUUUGCGAAAAUCAUCAGUUAGUCUUGCUGCUUUAAAAUUUUGGGACGCAGUUUGGAGUAGUAAUAUGACAGGCUGUCAGUCUAUAAAUAUUAAUAUUGAAGAAAAUGAAACAAAAACUAUUUUACCAGCUAUAUACCGAGAAAUGUUAGAACUUUUUGGAAGGAUGUCACCAUUUGAGUGGGAAUUUAUGUUCAUUUCUUUAACAAACUUCUUCCAUUUUUGUCGUAAAAAUUGUUCUGAAGUAUUAAGAUGCUGUUGCGAUUAUCCUUGGACUAUUAGAAGGAUUAAUUCAGUGAUCAAAUGCAAAUACGAUCAGCAAAAAUUCUUCGAAUUCGCAGAAACUUGGCUUCGAAAUGCAUUGUAUUGUAAUAGUGGAUGCAUAGAACAAGCUCUUUAUGAUAAACAAAUACGCCAAGUUGGAUAUACCUCUAUUAGAAAUACUCCUUCAUUAUUUCAGACGACAGUACAAAGUUUGAAUGAAUAUAUUUAUGAUUUAAUCAACACAAAUACAAUUGAGAAGGAAAAUGUGGAAGGCUUAAUUCAGAUUAUUUCGAGAAUAAUUUAAGAUUUAGAUAACAGUUU